CAAGGUCUGUCGAACUCUUCCGGUUCAGUCCUGCGCACUGAACAUCAAACAAUCUAAAAUUGAACGCCUCGUCAGUAAAGUUCGGAUUUAAGGUUGGGCUUUGGGGCUCUUCGGUCAAAGGGACGGACUGGGAGCUGUGGGAUACAAGUGUUAAAGCUCCAGUUCAGACAUGUUAUCUAGACAUUACAGUCCAUUUCCAGAUGUGUAGUUCAAACUUCAACACGCCUGUCCUCUCUGUCAGUUUCCGCUGAGCCCAGGAGGGGUCAUGGAGAAGGAUGACAUCUGUUUCUGUACUGUGGUGGAUAUGAAGAGUCAGGGUAAAUAUGUGUGCUACACCCGCAGCAAAGGAGGAGGACUCAGUGUUCGUGUGACAGAUGCAGCAGCUGUUUGGAGCUCAGACUGCUCCGAGGACACCCUGAAACAGCUGGGACACAGGCUGUCCCUGACGUCCACAGAGGAUUACAUCCUAAGGUUCAGGGCCUCCUGCCUCAGUGGGGAUGUAAGUGUUGUGGUGGAGAACACCAGUGUGGCUCUUCGUGUGAGUUCAGGGCUGACUGAGCUGAAUUUGACCCUAACCAGGAUGGAGGCCCCUCAGGCCAUGCAGGAGCUGAAGGAGCUGCUCUUCACCAUGGCUGACAGACUCACACAGCUCGGCGGUGGAAGCCCUGCUGCGAGUCCACUGAAAAAUCUUCAGCGAUGCCCAGCAGACUUUAAACCACGUCAGCAGCAGCUGAAUGACGCAUCGUCCGGGACGGUAAAGAGGAGGCUUCCUGGAGCUUCACUCAUCAACCCAGGAACUAAAAAAAAGAUGCAGGCGACCGGUGUGGCUUUUGAAGAUGAAGACUGAUUUCUUUCUGUGUUUUAAUCAAUUGUAUAGAUGUUGGAGUUUUCAGUGAAUGUUCCUUUAAGUCAACUGAAGUAACACUGAUGUAUUUUUAUGAAAUGUGUUUUUAAUACAGAUUAUGGUGUCCUCUGGGUUUGACAACUAGUUUUGUGGUGAAUGCUGGAAAUUAAUCAUGUAAAAUGGAUUAAGCUCAGAAAUGAAAUAAAGUGACUUCUAUGUGGAUAAAAGUUGAA